AUGGCGCACUUGGCAUCUGUAGCAGGUGAUGGAGACAAAAAGAAGAAGAAAAAGAAGGAGAAAAAGGAGAAGAAAUCCAAAGAACCCAAGAAAGAUGAGGGUAGGCUGGAGGCACCCAAGACAUUGGCACCCUUGAGCACCACGCGCAUGGGUCCAAAGCUAUCUGAGCUGCCGAGUGCAGCGAGUCAGAUGGAGGAGGCCCCUCCAUCAUCUGAAUCCAAGAUGUCUUCAAGGGUCCCCUCGCAGUCCGUUCUGAGUGAAGAGAUUGCCGAGGACAAGGAGGCACCACCUGCCCCGAGAUCCAGUGAAGACCUGCCGCGGCCAACAGGAGGAUUGCCACCCCCUCCAAGUGGUGAGCCGCCAACUGUCAACAACUCAGAGGCAAAGUCCGAAGGCGGCACAAAAGGAGGAACCUCAGGAAGCCAGAAGGAAGAAAAAACCAGGCUGGAGGAGCAAUUCGAGAAGUCCGUCGCUGCCUUGCAGGCGGAGCACAAAGCCAAACUGGCCAAGCACCGUCGGGAAUUGCAAGAGGAGUUUGAGAUGGAAAGAGACAAGACAUUUUCAGAACUCCAGGAAAAGCAUGAGACCCAAGUGAGGGCAGAAAGAGCACGUUUGCAGCAGGAGCUGGCCUCACAGAAGGGAAAGACAAAGAAGGAAUUGGAAGCGCUCUUGGAGUCACAGGAGGAGCUCCAAAGGAAACUGAACGAGUCGCAGGUUGAAGCUACAAGACUGCGCAGUGAAGCUGCCAGCACUACAAGAAAGUGCUCAGCAUAUGAAGAAAGAGUCGCAAGGCUUGAAGAGGACCUCAAGACCUUGCGAAAGGAGGCAACUACGAACAAGACCUCUGACAAGGAAGUUGAAAGCCUGAAGGCACAAGUCGACAGCAAGAAUGAGGAGAUCGAUCGAAUCAAGGCAGAAGCUGCAGCAAACGCAGAUCGCAUGUCGAAAUGGGAGGAGGAAGUGCAUGGACUCAGAGCCUUGGCAGGAAACUAUGACGAAGCGAAGGAAACGAUCUCGAAGCUGAAGAAAGAGUUGGAGGAGAGAGGAAAUGCCAAGAAUUCGCAGGAAUCCGAGGAGCUGUCAAAGAACCGACAGGAGCUAGAGAGCAUGAAGGCAACCGUGGCUUCUACACGGGAAUCGUUGACCAGAGAGCUGGAGGACAAGAGCAAGCUCCAAAUGGAACUGUCUGAAGCACGUUCAGACUUGGCGAAGGCCUCUGGAAACAAGGCCCAACUUGAGGAGCUGAGACGAGAGCUUGGCGAGAGGACCAAAGAACUUGCAGAUGCGCGUGAAGCCAUCGUGACAGCCAGUGCAAAUGGUGCUGGAGAGCUGGACAAAGUGAAGUCUCAACUAGAAGAGGAGAAGAGGACCUCUGCCAGCACCUCAAGGAGCCUGGAGGAAGCCACCAGAGAAGUUGCCAGGCUGAAGGCGCAAAUCAACGAGGAGGAAAGCAUCCGUAGCUCGAUCAAAGCAGAGGCUGAAGUAGAAGGUCAGCGCAAAGAGAAGGAAAAGUUUCAGGCUCUAUUAGACCAGCAAUCACAAGCUGCCAGACAGGCAGAAGAACAACUCCAGCAAGAGCUCCUUCAAGAGAAGGAAGUGCGGAAUCAACUUAAGGGGCAAAUUGCUGACUUGAAGCGACAACUCGAUAUUAAGGAAGCUUCUCAGCAAGAGCUCAGGACUCAAGAACAAUUGGAGCAGGCUCUCAAGGAAAUUGAAGCGCUCAAAGUGGAACUGUGCAACAGGACAUCGGAAUGUGCUCAAUGGCGGGAUCAGGCACAGCGGGAAGACGCCCAGAGCAGUGCCGCAAAGCUAAAGGUUGAGGUGGCUACACUGAAAGCCGAGCUGGAGACUUGGAGAGCUGAAUGUGGCCGCUUGAGCCAGGCUUCACAGACCGAGCUGCCAAAGAUGCAGGCACUGCUGGAGGAAGAAAAAGUCGCAGCAAGCCGCGCCAAAGCAGAGGCCAUAGAGGGCAUGGCACAGAUCAAAGCACAGGCCGCCGCUACAGCAGCUGAGCUUGAAGCUCGCUCCAAGGAGUGUGGCCGCCUCCGCGCCGAAGUGCAAGCUUGCAGGCCAAACGGAAAGCUGUCGCAGGAUGAGGUGCGCGAGCUCGUUGCUUUGCGGGCAAAAGUCUUGGAGCUGGAAACUGAGGCAGAGGCAUUGCGCCAGGCUCAAAGCAUCACGAAUCCGGAUGAGCAGAAGAUUCGAUCCAUGGUGAAGGACCGUGACGACACCAUUUUGCGGCUCCGAGCGGAGCUUGUUCAUGCUUCGACGCGACACUCGCAAGAGCUGGAGGACCUGCAGAUCAAAGUCAACGACGCUCGUCAAGAAGAAAGGCAGCGCAAGUCGGACGAGAGCAGCUACAUCAUCGGGGAUCUCAAGGGACAACUGCGCUCAAAAGCUGCUGAAAUAGAGCAACUUCAUUCGGAGGUCCGGAUUGGUAAGAGCGAGCUCGAACGGGUUCGCACUGAAGUACGCCAUGCGGAGGCUCGCGCAACUGCGCGCGAGGUUGCCAACAUUGAAGUCGCAAAGGCUGCAGUUGCCGGUGAUUGGAAGAAGGAAGUGGACCGACUCCAGGCUGAGCUCCAAAGUCGAUCAGCCGACGCCGCUUUGGCCAAAGAAAAGGCUGAGCGCCUUGCCCGAGAGGUGCGCCGGGUCCAGCAAGAAGAAAGCCGAGUCGCAAGGGGUCAAGAGGCGCUGCGCGGGGAACUAGAGCAGGCACAAGAAAACACCAACUUGGUACGGGAAGAAGUGGCUGACGCCGAGCGCCGGUGUGAGGAGGCACGAGCUGCCACGAGGGCAGAGCGCUCUGCCCGUGCUCAUGCAGAGUCCCAGGUCCGCGAAUGUCAACGGGAGCUUCGAGUGGUAAAGGCCCAGUUGCAGGAGCAGGUCGCAGAUGCAGAAGUGAUUCGAAAUGAGGCACGGAAGCAUCGCUUUGCCAUGGAAGACAAAGAAGCAGAAGCCACCCGAUGGCAGGAUCAAGUGAGAACACUCGAGAGGGAGCUCCAGCAGCUCAAAGGGCGUCGUGAUGCUUGGAAUCAGGAAGAUUUCAAAACAGAACUCGGGGCCACAGGACUGCGGACUGCUGUCGAACUUUCACAGCUGUCAGAGCAAGAAGAGACACUGCAGCCGGAGAGCGAAGUGAUGGAUCCCGUUUUCAGCCCAAAGGGUGGCUUGGAAGACUUUGCAGAAGGUGUUGACGGUUGGAAUCUCAGUGUUGAUGAAAGACAUUCGGAAAACACGGUUGGAAACUUACUUUGA